CGACACAAUGUAACGGAGUUCAGAUAUUUCUUUUUCUGGAAAUAAUUAGGUUGGGUCGCCUAGUGCAGUUUGUUUCAUUUCGAGAACUACAUCGACUUGUGUUUCGGAAUGCCAAGGUAACUUUGAACGAAGAAUCAUAUCAACAAUCAUAUAAAUCCAACAUUCGCAGUCAUCCUUUCUGUCGAACUCAAAACCUUUAUGCAGGGCGAGGGAAAUCUAACCUGAAAAUCUACGAAAUGACCUAAAAAUCUAAAACUACGAGAUCAGAGGUCGCCCUGCAUAGAGGUUUUGAGUUCGACAGAAAGGAUGACUGCGAAUGUUGGAUUUAUAUGAUUGUUGAUAUGAUUCUUCGUUCAAAAUUACCUUGGCAUUCCGAAACACAAGUCGAUGUAGUUCUCGAAAUGAAACAAACUGCACUAAACGACCCAACCAAAUUAUUUCCAGAAAAAGAAAUAUCUGAACUCCGUUACAUUGUGUCGUAUUUGGCUAAGCUUCAUUAUGUUGACAAAAUCGACUAUGAUUGGAUGGUUACGAUGAUUAAGCGAGUUGCUAAAAGAAAAAGGUGUAGCUUAAAGCUACACCUUUUCGAUUGA